AUGAAGCCAGUUGUUGGCCUCCUCGCGGUCGCUGGCCUAGUCUACCGAGCUUGGGCUCGAAAGUCGCUCACGCCGCUGGGUCUCGUUGUCGCAGGCGCAUCAGCUACCGCACACGCCCUCCACCCGUGGUCCACACCAUUCGCACUCCUCGCGGUCUUUUACUACGGAGGCACGAAAGUCACAAAGGUCAAACAUGAAAUCAAAGCACGGAAGACCCUCUCUGCAACUGGCUCAGAGGGAGGCGAAGGCCCGCGCAACCAUCUCCAAGUCCUGGCAAACUCGGUUGUCGCGACAGUUCUGAGCAUUGCUCAUGCUGUUGUUCUGUCAAAAAGCUCUUCCACGGAUUCCUGCUUCUCCCUCGGCCAGAGUCCCGCUGACAUUCUCAUGGUCGGGAUCGUGGCAAAUUAUGCCGCCGUUGCUGCCGAUACCUUCUCCUCCGAGCUCGGAAUCCUGUCCAAGUCGAACCCACGUCUCAUCACGUCCCCCACUCUCCGCAAAGUUCCCCCCGGUACAAAUGGCGGUGUUACCGCAGCUGGUCUUGGGGCAGGUCUCCUGGGAUCAUUCUCGAUCGCCCUGACAUCCGCCCUCGUCCUUCCGUUCUGCCCAAGCAGAUCCGGGAUCCAAGAUCGCGCCGUCUGGACCGUUGCGAUGACUUUAUGGGGUCUGCUGGGAAGCAUUCUGGACAGUAUACUUGGCGGGUUACUCCAGGCGAGCGUUGUCGACAAAAGGACCGGGAAGGUUGUGGAAGGCAGUGGUGGACGAAAGGUUCUCAUCCACCCGGGCUCCACGAAGCCAGCCGGCACUUCUGGUGAUGGCCCAUCUGCUGAAGUCUCGGGCAGCACACAUCUCCGUAACACCGAGGCCGUUGCCAAUGCGGCCACCUUGCGCGGAAGCCGUGCUACCGGCACUUCUGCAGGAGCCCAACCCGGCCGCCUUCAUGAUGCGAGCCAUGAGAGCCGGCGCCUGGAGAGUGGUCACGACUGGCUGGACAACAAUGGGGUGAACAUUCUCAUGGCUUUCCUCAUGAGCGUGGGAGCCAUGGGUGUUUCACAGUGGACCUGGGGAGUUGAUGUGCGGGAGUUGUGGGCAUAG